UAAAGUAUAAAAGCCGGCUGGCAGCUGCAGGUCAUUGGACAGAUUCCCACAAACACAGAUUGUCAACCAUGGGCAAGAUCAUCUUCUACGAGGACAGGAACUUCCAGGGUCGCUCCUAUGAGUGCAUGAGCGACUGCUCCGACAUGACCUCCUACCUGAACAAGUGUACCUCCUGCAGGGUGGAGAGCGGCUGCUUCAUGGUCUACGACCGUCCCAACUACAUGGGGAACCAGUAUUUCCUGAAGAGGGGGGAGUACUCUGAUUACACCACUAUGGGCAUGAGUGACUCAAUCCGAUCCUGCCGUCUAAUUCCUCAGCACCGAGGCUCUUACAGAAUGAGGAUUUUCGAGAGGGAGAACUUCCAGGGCCAGAGCCACGAGCUGAGCGACGACUGUGACAACAUCCAGGACCGCUACCGCAUGACUGACUGCCAGUCCUGCAACGUGAUGGACGGCCACUGGCUGAUGUACGAGCAGCCCCACUUCAGAGGCAGAAUGAUGUACCUGAGGCCCGGGGAGUACAGGAGCCCCAGAGAGGUGGGCUACAGCGGCAUUAGACUCAGCUCCGCCAGGCGCAUUGUGGAUUCCUGCUGAAACUGAGAAAAAAUAAUAAGUUACUGAAUAAAACGAGUAAGAGUUGAAACUUCU